AUGAUUGAGGCCCAAGGGUUGAGCAAGAUCUUUGGGACCUUUGCCGCGCUGCAGGACGUCUCCUUCUCCAUUCCCCGAGGACAGGUGGCCGCCUUCCUGGGUCCCAACGGAGCCGGCAAGUCGACCGCUCUCCGGAUCCUGACCGGCUAUCUCACACCCACCCGAGGCGUCGCCCGCAUUGCGGGCCGGGAUGUCUCGCGCCACCGCAUCGAAGCGGCGGCCCGGAUCGGUUACCUGCCGGAGACGGUCCCCCUCUAUCCGGAGAUGACGCCUCUGGAGCUGCUCAGGUUUUUCGGCGAGGCCCGCGGGCUGGCCAAGUCCCGGCUCAACCCGCGCAUCGAGGCCGUGGUUCAGCAGUGCCAUCUGGAAGCCGUCCUGGAAAAGAGCAUCUACAAGCUCUCCAAGGGCUAUCGCCAGCGCCUGGGAAUGGCCCAGGUCCUGCUCCACGAGCCCGAAAUCCUGAUCAUGGACGAGCCCACCAGCGGCCUGGACCCCAACCAGAUCCGCGAUGUCCGGGAGCUGAUCCGGCAGUUGGGUCGAACCCGGACGGUGCUGCUCUCGACCCACAUUCUGCAGGAAGUGGAAGCCGUGGCCGAUCACGUCAUUCUGAUUCACGAAGGCCGGAUUGCCUUUGACGGCACGCCCGCGGAGAUGGCGGGAGGAGGCAGCCUGGAUGAGGCCUUUUACCGCCUGACCGGCAGCAACGGCCAGGAAGCACGGCCCGAGCCGGAAGACUCCGCCCCAGGGCCGCAAGGCGAGCCCUCCUCGGGCGGGGAGGACCGGGCCGCCGGGCGGGAGCCGGACCUCGAGGGAAAGGAGAGGGGAGAGUGA